AUGUCCGUCUCCGACCAUGACCUCAUUCGCAAUGCCAUCGCUCACUGGCCCCUCGCCGUGGACCAGGCUGAUCCCCGCCUGUUGACCGAAGCGUUCACGCCGGACGCGUUGGCUCACUACCCGCCGCCCGUCGGGACGUUGAACGGAAUCGAUGGACUGAAGGGGCUCAUGCAAACGCGCCUCCACGGCGUUACCACGUAUCACUGCCUGGGCACGCAGGUCAUCCAGUUGCAGAGCCCCGUCACCGCAACCGCUAGAACAUACUGCAUCGGCAUACAUUUCUACCCGCAGGAGCCUGGACGAGAACCCAGGAGAAUCUACGGUUUCUACGACGAUAGUCUGGUGAAAAGCGACGAAGGAUGGCGGAUUGCAGAGCGAAGAGUCGUUGAACAUCUUCCUACAAACGCGUUCUGA